AUGAACGAGGCCAUUGACUUUGCAAGCAAGGGACUGGACAAAACGCCACAGCUUGAGGAAAAAUGGAUCAGCUCAUUCAAAGGGCGAGGAGUGUUUUCCACGGUGAUUCUGCAAUUAGGCGACUUUGUCGUAGAGUAUAGAGGUGAUUUAAUUACGGCGAAAGAGGCAGAAAACAGGAGGAAUUGUCCCAAUGCCUGUGUGGACUUUUUGUUUGAUUUCCGCUGGAGAGGAGGAAAGUGGUGUAUUGAUGCGACACAGGACGAUGGCACCUUUGGGAGGCUGGUUAAUGAUGACCACUAUAACCCCAACUGCAAAAUGAAACUGAUUGUGCUGAAAGACAAGCCGCAUCUUUUUCUUUUUGCGCUUCGUGAGAUUAAUCAGGGAGAGGAAAUAACUUACGAUUACGGAGGAAGUGACUGUCCUUGGAGAAAAGAGCUUGUGAAUCCAAAAAGCACUGAAAAACUAGCAGGCCCUGUGCCUUAUUCAAAAUUUGUGGCUCCAAAAAACGCUGAACCAGAAGAAGGCCCCGCUCUUCAUUCAAAGUUCGUGGCUCCAAAAAACGCUGAACCAGAAGAAGGCCCCGCUCCUCAUUCAAAGGAUGAAUCUGAUAUCAGUGAAGAGGAGAUGGCUGAUUUCUUGGGACAUGACAUAUCAGUGCAUAGACAAUUCUACCGGCUAUCUGAGCCCACCAUUCAAAGUGCAAAAAUUUCAAAGUUGCUGCUUGCACUGGAAAAGGGAAAGCUACAUGAGCUGCAAGGAAAGUCCCUUGAUGAAAUUGAAGUUGAUGAUGAUGAGGCGGAUGAGGAGGAUGUAGAUGAGGAGGAUGAAGAAGAAAAUGAAGAGGAACAACACCUAGUUGCAAAUCAAUUAGUGGAUGACCUUGCUGAUGAAGUCACGUGUGAUGGACCAUCUCCAUCCGAGGCUCCCGGAAAUCUCUCUGGACAUAACGGACCUCGCAGCGGUAGAGGGGCCUUUGCCAGACGAACAUGGACAAAAGCUGAAACUGCGGCUGUGAUGAGACAUUUUAAGUCUCACAUCAUGAAAGGACAUUUGGCGUCAAAAAGGGAAUCGAACCACACGGUGAUGGAGGAGGUGAGGAUGGACUCGAUGAUGGCCGUGUAG